UGCCAGGAGGGAUGACUAAGAAAGAGAGAGAGAGGAGAGGGAGGGAGUGGCGUCUGGAUUCAGGUGAGCUAGGGCAUUCUUUCUUCAUCCUGUGACACCAGUUCCCUUAGCCGUGCCUUUUCGUCUCUUUCUCAGUUCAGUCAACGGAGUCACUGCAUAGACAGAACCACCACCAUGGAAGCCAUCCAGAUUGCCACCACCGCUUUUGCAGUUGACGUAUUCAAAAAACUGAGUGAACAGGAUAAACUGGCCAAUAUUAUCUUCGCUCCCCUUUGCACUUCGACUUCUCUGGCUCUCGCAUAUAAAGCUGCUAAGGGUGACACAGCGGCCCAAAUGAAGCAGGGCCUUCAUCUAGAAGAUGUCAAAGAUGUUCCAUUUGGCUUCCAAACUCUAACAGCAGAUACCUCCAAACUUAGUUCUUUUUAUUCACUGAAAAUGGUAAAAAGGCUCUAUGUGGAAAAGUCCCUAAACCCAACUAUGGAAUUUACCAGUUCUGUCAAAAGACCCUUCCCAUCAGAAUUGGAGCUAGUCGAUUUUAAAGACAAAACAGAGGACACCAGAAUACAAAUCAACAAAUCUGUUUCUGACUUAACUGACGGUACAAUGGAGAACAUUUUGGUCGAGGGGACCGUCAAUGACCAGACAAAGAUCCUUCUGAUAAAUGCAGCCUAUUUUACCACAAACUGGAUGAAGAAAUUCCCCGAGGAGCAAAUCAAGGAAUGUCCUUUUAGAAUAAGCAAGACUGAAACCAAACCUGUGGAGAUGAUGAACUUGGAAGCCACGUUUUGCCUUGGUUACAUAAAUGAUUUAAAAACCAAGAUUCUGGAACUCCCCUGUCAUAACAAGCACAUAAGUAUGCUCAUCUUACUGCCUAAAGAUAUUGAGGAUGAUACUACUGGCUUGGAGCAGCUCGAGAAGGAGUUCUGUCCAGAGAAACUGCUACAAUGGACCAAUCCCAGUGUGAUGGCCAACACAAAAGUGAAUGUGUUUAUGCCCAAGUUCAAGCUCAGUGGGGAGUACAAUUUGAAGCCUGUUUUAGAAAGCCUUGGUAUGACCCAGAUGUUUGAUGAGGAUACAUCGGAUUUCUCUGAAAUGUCGGAGACCAAAGGGGUGGUUCUGUCAAAGGUUAUCCACAGAGUCUCACUGGAAGUAGUAGAAGAAGGGGCAGACUCCCGAGAUGUGCCGGGAUACCGGAUCCUACAACACAAAGAUGAAUUUAGAGCUGACCAUCCAUUUAUCUUCUUCUUUAGGCACAACAAAACGCGCAGUAUUGUUUUUGCUGGCAGAUUCUGUUCUCCUUAAACACGAUAAAAUCCAGAUUUAUAAAUAUAUAUAUACAUUACUUCCCUUUUUCUAUAAACCUUUGAAACCAAGUAUUAAAUUCUGAAAGGUAAUCCUAAAAGGUUUCAUUGUUCGAGUAGGAUAUAUGAUUUCAUAUUUCAUAUGACGCUCUUAUUUGAACUAGGUAUUCAAAGUGGAUAUGUGUAGUUUUCUUCGGCAGCAUGGAAAUUGUGUUUUGCAUUUUGACUUUUAAAACAGUGCAGCUAAUUUCUCCCUCGUCCAGGGUAAUUGUUAGAAUUUGGGGGACAAAACUCCAAAUGACUGCAACAGAUCUUUAAAAAUCUACGUAGCUAGAACACCAGUAUGUUACUGGAACCAUUACUGGAAUUGUACAAAUCUUACGUAGGAUCAAACUAAACAAGGAGGAGAUCACAGAUAAUUUGGCAUCUUGUAAAGGUAAAUUCUGAGUUGAAGGCCUGUAGGGGUUUAAUCUCUCACUUUCUUAUGGUUUUGUCUAAUGGAAGUCCCCCCCCCGUGCUCCUAUUAGCUUUGUUUUUCUUUGUUCUCUCUCUCAAGGCUGUGUGUAUGUGAGAGAGCGUGAUUUUAGUCAACAGCCUGGGUACUGAAUUAUCUUUCCUCCCCUAUGUGGCCUCCCUCUAAAUCAAGAGCCUUUGUUAGCUCCAUUCGGUUCUAAUUUUUGGGCUCAACCCAUGCAUAAGGGGACUAUGGCACUUCCUAUGAGCUUCCCGAUAGGCGCGGUCACCAUUUUGUAGUAAGAGGGCAACGCACAAAUUUUACCACUUCCAUACUCGUGACUGGAUAUCCAGAUAUUUGUUUUGUCUAUUUUUGGUCGAUUCAUGCACAAUGGCAACCUCAAGUACUGGAAGGAUUGUGAGUUGUGCAGUUUUUCCUUACACAUUUUUUGAGGGCCACAGUUUUAAUGACUAACUAAGGCUACUGAGAAGAUCCGGUCAUACCUCUCUCAGUAUCCCAUCUGUUUUGACCCUUCAGUGCUGUUGUCAAUAAUGGGAAAGACUCUUUCAAAAAUGAAAAGCUAGUAAUUAUUGUGUAAUUGAUCCAUAUUCAAGUUACGUAUGGUAGCACUGUACAAAGUUUUCUUUUUUGUUUGCUGUCUCCCUGCUGUUUGUUUGAUAUUCAGAUCACAUAUAGACAUUCCUAAUAAAGCAUUGCAAA